GGCGCCCAUCGGGGCGGCGGCGGAGGCGGGGGUGUCUCUCGGUAGCCCCUGCGCCACCGGGAGUGGGGGGGGGGGCUUCCGGCAGCGGCGGGGCCCUGAGGUGAGCGAAGGGGACUGAUAUGGUAGAGGCCGAAGGUUGGGAAAACCAAAGCUGAACAGAAGGAAAGCAUGAGCAAUUAAAACUGAACUGGGUGCUUGGUGAAUUUAUGAUUUUUGGUGAAAAACGCACAGAUAGGACUUUGCUGGAUAAAUAUGGCCGGGAAAGAUAAGAACUUCUGUCCUUGUUCCUGUCCUUGUAGAUAAUUUAGCUUAAAGUACCAUAUGGGUUGCAUCACUAAUGUAAACAUAAGAAGUACUAACGAGCAUUCCAUAGGGUAAGUUGUACCAAAACAUGUGAAGGACCAUACUGUGCAGAAUCCGCUAAGGAGGGUCAAGUAACGGACAAGUGAGGAAGACUAUGGAAGACCACCAGAGGACCCCUGAUGACCACCAUAGCACCUGAAAAGGCCUGCGCAAAGGACAUUUACAUAUGCUAAUAAUCUCCUGGGAAAAAUUAAUGAAUAUGUAUGAAAAUUCUCAGAAAUCUAAUGAAUAUGCAUCUAGAACUUGUAUGUAAACCAUACGACUAGAUCUGACGGGGGUAUGCGAAGAAUGCCUGUUUUCCAAAACUCCAAAACCGAGUCUCGGAGAGUUUCUGACCUGCCGAUUUACGGUAACAGGACGGCGGCAGGGGGCCACCUCCGGAGGGGAGGCCGGCGGGGCGCAGGGAAGUGCUUCAGGCUUGCAGCCAUCCUCCCAAAAGGACGCUGCAGGCUUUGGGAAGGCAGGGUGGCAAGACCAGCAGAGCUGUUCUCACCAGACAAGUGGCUGUCGUCUCCCGAAUGGCCUAUUUACGACGUGACCUCCGCCAGGAGCUUCCGCUAGUGCAGUUACUUGAGUUAGGAGAGUUGCACUUCUUUGUGACCUUCAUGAAGGUUAAAUUUAUGGUGAGAGAGCUGGACUAACUGCCCACGAUAGUGACCUGUAUCUGUAAGGUUCUGGAUGUAGGAAAUAUGAAUGACUGGCAGAGGAAGAGCCCUCUAGACUGGGAAACGUACGUGAACAAAAUGGUGAAAGUUGCUGCAAUUGAGAAACAUGAGUAUGAAGGAUGGGUCUUAACAGUCGAUCCAGUUUCUGCCAGUAUUGUCCUUGCAACAUUCCUGGAGAAUGAAGAAGUGUCCAUAUCCGUUGUCUUGGGCCAUGCUGUCCAGGAGGUCGAAAUACUGAAAGAAGGGGACGAUGAAAUGAAGCAACGGCUUUCCUGCAUAUUUGCACCUGAAGAAAGCAAAGCCUACAGCCCAGAGGAACUUGAAAAGAGGAAGAACAACUUGAAGACUUGGCUAGAAACAAACCACAUCCCUGUAACAGAGCAAGGUGAAUCGGGAAGAACGCUAUGCGUGGCAGGGGUAUUAACUAUUGACCCACCAUACGGCCCAGAAGAGUGCAGCAGCUCCAAUGAGAUUAUUCUUUCUCGGGUUCAAGGCUUGAUACAGGGCUAUCUUGAAAAACAAGAGUGAUGUCUGCUGUUUAAAGCAGUUGUCUUUAGAAAUGGGUCUACCCACCCUAUUUUAGGAACUGUCCUGGGUAUCAAUAUUCACUAUUUGCAAAAAAUGCUGGGUUUAGGUCCUUUUGUCUGAUUUUUAUGCAUGCACUAUUUUUUAUUAAAAGCAAGCCAUUGAAUAAUGAUGAUGUAUUAAACUGAUACGUCUGUUUACUGUAUCAGUAGUAAGCUGAUACAUCAGUUAAAUAAGUAUUUUUUGUAAUGGUAUUGUGAAAGAUGAUAUAUGAUAGAUUUAAACUGUGUUUUUCUCUGCCUUCAAAAUUAAUUAUCUAGUGGUGUAGGCAUGUUUGUUUGAACUGCUUCCCAGGUUUUUUUUGGUUUGUUUUUUUUUUUUUUUUCCCAGAAAGAGAAUUGUGACACUUGGACUUCCCAAACCAGGUGAAAAAUCUGUUGAGAAAGCUUUUUUGGUUUUGUUUUUUUUUUUUUUCCCCAGGUUUUAAAAACAUUUCCUAUCUAUAUUUGUUAUUUUAGAGCAGCAGUGGUUGGCAGACCCUUGUUCCUUAGAAAGAGAAUUUCUUGCAAUUCAGUAAGUUUGUGUUUCUUAAUGCUUUGUUUCUAGCUUAUGGCAACACACAGUACAAGAAUCAUUAUGUGAUUAUUCCAAAGAUUAUUAAUCCAGUCAGGAGCCUUUAGAGCCCUCAUUUCUCUCUUAGUGUAUUGGUUUGUUCUGUCUUACGAGAGCACCUAAACACAUGUUGGUGUGCUCAAAUGCAUUUGAUGAGUCUGUCUAACCCCUGUUAAUAAAAAGGCCCUUCUCA